AUGGCUUCCAAACCUGGUAUCCUUACAGAUUGGCCUUGGAAACCUCUUGGGAGCUUCAAGUUCGUGAUUAUAAGCCCGUGGAUUGCUCAUAGCAUAUACUCUUUCAUAUGGCUUGAAAGAGACCCAACAUACUACCUCAUCUUCCCUUAUAUGUUGAUCAGAAUGCUACACAACCAGAUUUGGAUUUCAAUCUCACGCUAUCAAACUGCUAAAGGCAAAGGCAGAAUUGUUGACAAAGGCCUCGAAUUCGAACAAGUCGAUAGAGAAUCCAAUUGGGAUGAUCAAAUACUGUUGACGGCACUUAUACUAUAUAUGACGUACACGAUCUUCCCUAUUGCUGCAAACUUACCAUGGUGGAGAGGUGAUGGUGUGAUUCUUACCACUAUCUUGCACGCUGGACCAGUGGAGUUCUUAUACUACUGGCUACAUAGAGCACUUCAUCAUCAUUAUCUAUAUUCUCGAUAUCAUUCUCAUCAUCAUUCUUCAAUUGUUACUCAGCCUAUUACUGCUGUGAUACACCCAUUUGCUGAGGUGCUGGCAUAUGUUGUGCUUUUUCUUAUCCCAUUAUCGACAACAUUGUUCCUAAAUAAAUCAUCUGUGGUUGCAAUGUAUGGCUAUAUCUUUUACAUUGAUUUUAUGAACAACAUGGGUCAUUGCAAUUUUGAGUUCUUUCCUAAGAAACUCAUCUCCUGUUUUCCCGUAUUGAAGUAUCUAUGUUACACACCAUCGUAA